AUCUCUCUAUCAUUUCGUUUCUUCCUCAUGACUCUCCUUGAAGCUUUGGCCAUUCUCAUUCUCAUAUGCCUUACCUUUUUAGUUUUUCAUUAUAAACCUCAAAACCUAAAAAGUCUUAUCAAAAGAAUCUGUCUGCCUCUUGGUAUGAUACCUGGAACCAUCACAAAGUUGCACCGACUCCAUAAUACACUCACAAGGAUUCUGAAUCGUCGUGGAGGUACUUUCAAGUGGAAAGGCCAUUGGUUUGCCAACAUGGAUAUGCUUAUCACCACAGACCCAUUAGACAUUCACCAUGUUUUGAGCAAAAACUUUCCUAAUUAUCCAAAAGGCCCAAAAUACCGUAAAUUGUUUGACAUUUUUGGAGAUGGAAUCAUUAAUAUCGACGGACAUCUAUGGGAAAUUCACCGCAAAACCAUCAUGUCGCUCUUUAGGCAACCCAACUUUCAAAGUGUUUUUGAAGCAGUUGUCUGGAAUAAAGUGGAAACAGCGCUUUUGCCGGUAUUAGAGUCUAUAUCCAAAACAGGCAUGGAAAUCGACUUGCAGGAAAUAUUUCAAAGGUUCACUUUUGACACUAUAUGCAAGGUGCUCUUAGAAUAUGACCCGCAAAGCUUGUCUCUCAACUUUCCUUACAUUCCGUGUGAGAAAGCCUGGGUAGAUAUUACAGACGGCAUGUUGUACAGGCAUCUUUUGCCCCCCAUCAUUUGGAAAUUACAACGAUUACUGAGGAUGGGGAAUGAGAAAAAGUUGAGUGACGCAUACAAUGCAGUUUAUCACUUCGUAGACAAGUGCUUAGUUAGAAUACAACAUGAGUCCAUUAACAUGGAAAGCGAACAUGUUCAUGAAAGUUUUGGAUUAGUGACAUCCCUGGUAACAGAAUUCAAAAGCCAAAGCGGCAAUUUUGGAUAUCCUCCCAAAAACUUUGUAAGGGAUACCAUAGUGACCCUCUUGGGUGCAGGGAGAGAUACAACUAGCACAACUCUCUCAUGGUUUUUCUAUCUCGUUGCAAAAAAUCCAAUCGUAGAGGAAAAGAUCCGAGAGGAGAUUCAGACGUUUCUGGAGAUGAAAGUAGAUGAUCAGAAGAACUGGAAUUCUAAAGAGGUAGGAAAACUGGUUUAUCUUCAUGGGGCUCUAUGCGAAGCCUUAAGGCUUUACCCUGCUGUUCCUUUUAACCACAAAACUCCAUUACAGCCAGAAAUCCUUCCAAGUGGCCACCACGUUACUCAAAACACCAGGAUUAUUCUAUAUUACUAUGGCAUGGGAAGGAUGGAAAAGAUAUGGGGUAAGGAUUGUACGGAAUUUAAGCCUGAAAGAUGGAUUUCAGAGAAAGGAGGUAUCAAACAUGAGCCAUCUUACAAGUUCGUGGCAUUUAGUGGUGGGCCCAGGACAUGCUUAGGUAAGGACAUGAGUUUCACUCAACUAAAGAUAGUGGCAUCUACAAUCAUUUAUCAUUAUCACAUUGAGCUGGUAGAAGGUCACCCAGUUAUUCCUAGCGCUUCCAUGGUACUUCUGAUGAAGCAUGGCCUAAAGGUGAGGUUAACCAAAAUAAGUAUUUGAGCCACACAUACUAGAAAAAAAAAACGUAAUAAAUCGAUCCGGUGUGAAAUUUCAAUUUUAUGUUAUGUUUGAUAAUGAGUUCGAUAUGUCUAAUAAAUGCUGUUGCAUAUGUGCCAUGUGUAGCAAGAACAUGUAGUCAUUGCCACAUGCAUGCAUAGCUGUUUGCAUAUAUGUCACCUAUGUUUAGAAGUUUCUAUAUAGAAGUUACUUCGUAUUUUGUAUCUAAGAUAUAUUUCGGUUUGUAAAAUGAUAAUCUUAAAGUUCUCUCUUUAUGUC